AUGAAGUUCUCUCUGAAACUCCCUGAUAAUCAAGACCACCAAACCCCAGUUGUAAAGGGGAAACUCCCAAUCACCAUGUUCAAUCAACCCUUUACUUCCUCAUUCACCUCCGCCGUUAAUUCCUCUUCCGACCUCUCCUUUUCCCUUUCCACUAAUUUCCCAUCUGGCCCUUGUUUGAAGCUCACUUAUUCUCCCAUGGCGGCUUCUCCUUCCGCCGUCUCCACUACUUCUCCUUUUACUCUUUCUCUCAAAUCUGGGUUAGGGCUUUUUGGCUCUCCGGAGGACUCUCCUCUUGUGUUUUCCUCUCAAUUUUCUCUUUCCCUUUCCAAACCCUUUGUUCCCACUUUCUCUCUUCUCUUCAAACCCCAAUUUGGCCAUUUCUGUUUAAAGAAGAGUACUGUUUCCGGUGUUCACGAUCAGUUUUCUGUGAUUCAACCUAACGAUGGGGUUCGAUUGGAUUCUGGAUCUGGUUUGAAUUCGAAAUUUGGAAGUGGGUUUGCUGUAGAUGAGUCGAUGGGAUGGCAGGAACUGAAGCUGGAGAGUAGUGGUGGUGGACAUGGUUCUCAAGAAGAGUUUGGAGUUCAUUCUGAUGGAGGAAUUCGGAGGCAUUUGGCUGAGACGAAAAGCAUUAGAGAUAGUGUUUUCUCAGGUGUUGCUGUAAUGGCAAGGACAGCCAUUCCUGUGACUAAACGAGUGGCCGUGAAUUUCCGGUGGGGGAUGAACUUUCCAACGAAUCCGGUAACAAAAAUGCCAUUUCUGACUGUGAAUAAGAUUUCAGUGGAGAGAGUGGAGGAGGAAAAGGAAGAGAAGAAGAAAACAGGAGAGAACCAGGGGGGAGAUGUGGAAUUGUUGAAGGGUAUGUUGUUUUGGAUGAAAAAGGAUGUGGAAAGUUUGGAGAAAGAGAACAGAGAGAUGAAGCAACUUUUAGAGGAGAUGAAGCUGGGAAAUGUUACAAAUAGAGCUGCACCAUCUUCUAGUUUGAGUUAUGGUGAGAUGGAGCCAUGGAGGAACAACAGGAGUGGCUGGGAAGAAAGCAAGUCCAAGAACAGUAGGAAUGGUGGACAAGAAAAUGAUUGGAGGAAAAAGAAGAGCUCUGAAGAAGAGAAUGAUGGUAAGAACAGAAGGAGAGGUGGAGAAAAGAAUGGAGGGAAGGGGCUUAGUUCCACGAAUCGAGCGAAUGAAGUUGAAUCAGAAUUGGAGAGAGCUAUCAAGGCUGCUUCCCAAGUCAAAGCAUGA